CGGGGUCCGCCGGCUCCUGGUUGUGCGUGGGUCGCCUGGGUGCUGUCGUGGUGUGGGAUCCAUGGCAGGAGCCCUGCGCAUCGGGGACCAGCUCAUUCUGGAAGAGGAGUACAAUGAAUCCUACGUUCCUAAGGAGCAAGAAAUCCGUGAUUUUGCCCCAACGAUCGGGAUUGACCCCGACAAGGAGUCGGAGCUGCUGUGGCUGGCCAGGGAGUGCCUGGUGACCCCACUGCCCCCCCAGUGGAAGGCCUGCCAAGAUAUUGCUGGUGGUGACAUCUAUUUCUUCAACUUUGAAAACGGCCUCUCCACGUGGGAGCACCCCUGUGAUGAGCACUACAAGCAGCUGGUCAUCCGGGAGAGGGAGAAGCUGCUGGCACGGGGCAGCAUGAAGAAGGAAAAGAAGGAGAAAAAGGAGAAGAAGGAAAAGAAGGAGAAGAAAGAGAAGAAGAAGGACAAGAAGGAGAAGCAGUUCCUGAAGCAGCUCCCUCCCCCAGGCUCCCAGCUGGCACCCAUCCAGCCUCCCCUGGGCACCCUCUCUCCUCUCCGUGGCCUCGCCCCAUCUUCAUCCCGGGCCCUUCGUGGCUCCCUGAACCUGGACCUGGGCAGUGUGGUGGAGUCCAGCCUCAUCCCCGAGGAAGCAACUCUGCCUGCAGAGAUCUCGAGGCCCACCAGCCGCACCAGGAACCUGCUGGGUUUGAUCUGUGAAGAGAAAAGUUCCUCGAACGUGGCAGUGCCAGAGAAAUGGAAAAACGAAGAGGAGGAGAGUGACAAUGAGAGUUUCCAUGGGACCUCUAGACUGUUGAAAAACGUGUACCUGGAUGUUGAAGCCCUGGCAGGCAGCUUUGACUUUGAGCUUUCAAAGGCGUCCAGGGCCAGUGGCUGUGAGCAGGACUUGCCUGUCUCCGGGUGCUCUGACCAGGAGGUGGUUCAGCCUGUGGGCUUGGACUUGAAGAGCCAGCUCUCUGAGGAGGUUCUGGGUGUGGGGACCGUGUCCCCUGAUUUGGACAGCCCUGAGUGCAAGGAGCUGGGAGAAGAGGAAAAAGACCAAAGUGCAGAGGAGGAGCAAAGGGAAAGAACAGAAGCUGCUGAGAGGCACCCUGAGAAGGAAAUCGAGCAGUCCUUGAACCAGCCUGAGGAUGAAUCCCUGGAGGAAAUAGUCAAGGAGGUGGAGGCAGAGCUGGAGCAAGAGGAAAUACAUUUAUUUCAAGCAAAGGAGGAGAAAAUUCAGCAAUUCCAGGAGGAGAUGAGGCAGGAGGAGGAGGAGGAAGCUGAAAAGCUUCAUCAGCAAAAAGAAAAACCCCUCAGCACUCCAGAAGAAGAUUUGGCAAAAUCUGAGCAGCAAGAGGAAGAGUUGCUUGUCAGAGAGGACAAAGCCGAGAGACUCGAAAAGCUGCGAGCCCAAAUCACCUCAGAGAUGGAGGCAGAGGAGGAGAGGAUGAGGGCAGAGCAGGAGGCCAGGCUGCAGAAGCUGAGGGAAGAGUGGGAAUCCCAGCAGCUGGUGGAGAAGGAGAGCCUGGAGAGGGAGCAGCAGCUUGCCUUGGAGGAGAUGAGGCUGGCAGCAGAGGAAGCCCGGCAGAAGGAGAUGAGCGAGCUGGAGCAGGAGAAGGAGCAGUUCCUGAGCGAGCUCAGGGAGAGGCUGGACAGGGAGAAGAGGAAGGCAGCAGAGGAGCUGGAAGAACAGUUUGCCAGUGAACUCCAGCAGCUGAAGUCUGCAGCAGAAGAGAGGCACCAUGAGGUGGUUUCCAGCCUGCAGGCCCGGCUGGCAGAGGCACAGAGCAGCCAGGAGGCCCAGCUGCGUGAGGAGCUGCAGAGGGCAGAGCAGGAGGUGCAGCACAAAGCCCUGAAGGUGAAGGAAUACGAGCGCGAGCUCAGCGAGCUCAUGAGCGACAAACGGCGGCAGGUGGAGAGGGAGCACGAGGGGAGGAUGGAGAGGAUGAGGGAGCAGCACCGGGAGGCGCUGGCGCGGAUCCAGGAGCAGUGCCAGCAGGAGGAGCAGAGGCAGAGGGCAGAGCUGCUGGAGGGGCUGCGGGCAGAGGCGGCGCGGCUGCGGCAGCUGCACGACAGCGAGGUGAAGGGGCUGCAGGCAGAGCUGGAGGGGAGGCUGAGCGCCCUGCAGCAGAGGCACAGGGAGAAGCCCCCUGUGCAGGAGAGGAAGCUCCAGGAUUCAGAGAAGGAGCUUGAAGUGCGCAUGAAGAGCAUCCAGGCCAGAUCAGAGCAUCUCCUCAGCCAGGAGGAGUCCCUGCAAAGGAGAAAGCAGCUGCUGCUGGAUGAGGAGGAACAGAUGCAGCUCCAAAGAAAUGAAGCUGCUCUAGCCUCCCAGCUGCGCCUGGAGGAGAGCAGGAAGGAGCAUUCCAGCCUCCUGGAGUCUGUCAGGCAGCUGAGGAAGACCCUGGAGGAGCUGCAGGACCAGAAGGCUGAGCUGGAGGCCCAGGUGGAUUUGCUGCAGAGCCGGAGCCAGAGGCUGCAGAAACGCAUUGGAGAGCUGGAGGAAGCAAUCAGGAGCAAGCAGGAGGCUGUGAAAGAACUGGAGGCAGAAGAAAGUGUGGAAUCUCCAAGAAAGAAAGCUGAGCUCCGUGUUGAAGACCUGAGAGAAACUCCUCAAGCUCACACAUCCAGAGAUCCUUCCCCAGCCUCCCAGAGCCCCGAGGAGAGCGAGCUCCACUUUGAUCGGGUGCAGAGCUACCUGUCAGCCGAGGGGCAGUCGCUGGGGAGCGCCAAGGAGUUCCUGCAGCGCCAGAGACGCUUGCUGCGCCAGCGGCGCUCGGCACUCCGGGCUGCCAGCCUGCGCUGGCAGCAGGACCUGCGCAGGGCACAGGAGUCUGUGCAGGAUCCCCACAGCUCCCAGCUGCUGCAGGGAGUGCAGAGGAACCUGGAGGAGGAGGCAAAGGAGUUGGACAAGAUGAAGUUGGCCAUGCAGAAAGGACAGGUGCUGCUGAAGAAGAAGGAGGAGAAGCUCAGUCAGCUGGAGUCCUCACUGCUGGAGGAGCUCUCAGAUGAGGAUACACUGAAGAGUUCUGCGUGCAAGAAGAUGGUGACUUUUGAUCUGAGCACCUCUGAGGACACAAACAGCACGUCCAGUGUGAAUCUGGGCCAGUCUAGAUUUGACUUGAGAAGGGAUUUGUGGCCUGCCCUCCAGCAGGACAAGAUCCAGCACCUGAGGGACUCUGUGCAGAGCAUCACCAGCGAGCUGAACGCAGUCCUGGGGCUCCUGGACUCCCUGAGCCAUCAGCAGCCUCCUCUGCUCACCUCCACACCCCACCAGGGCAUCCCCCUGCCCACUUAUCCCCCGCUGGGGAACCCCCCCAGGGCAUGCCCCCUGGAGCAGUGGGCCAGGAGCAGCCGGCUCAGCUCCAGUUACUCCCUCUCAGGGCAGUCAGUGGACAGCGUGCUGGCAGAGAAAUGGCACAGGUAUUUCCCAGGUGGGUUCUCGUCGCUCAGUGGGAGUCUCGUGCCUCUGGACAGCAAGCUGGGAUAUGUCCCUGCAGAUGAACAAAUCCGGCUCUUCCAGUAUUCCAAGGUCAGUGAGCCAGAGAAGAGGAAUAUUGAGGGCAUGAUUGAGAGCAGCAAGAAAUGGCUGAAGGACUUCAAGGAUUCCAAAGUACCUCCCUCCCCGCGGGCACAGAAGCCCCCAGGCAGCAGCCCCAGCCUCCUGCAGCUGGGGCUGGAUGAGAACAGAGAGAUCAAGGUGUACCACUACUGAAAGGUGGGAUCUUCCUCUGCAGGGAUGGGGAGGGGGGUCUGUGCAGUCGCCUCAUGAGGGGCUGGGUUUUGGUGAUGCCCACCCAGGCACCUCCACUGUGUCCCUGUGCCACGUCCUUGAAACCGGGUGUUUUUGCAAGAGAGUGGAGGAAGGAGGAAGAGAACUUCCCAGGUGGAUUCUUCUAAUCCUGUAAUGUGUCCAAAUAUACUUUAUAGACUGUUUAAUCCAGCAGUGACAUAUCAGGGCUUCAAUAAAUCAACAUUUCCCUCAUUAGUAUUCCAGCCAUGGCGAGGCAGAGCUGUGAAUCACGGAGGACUUUGAGUAACUGGUCAAGGGGGAGGAUGUGAAUCCAGCUGAGGCUGUGCUGGAGGAAAUGUGUCAGGAAAUGAGCCUGCCCUGAUGCCCAGCAAAUGCUUGGUGGCAGGUGGGACACGUCAGGUGGCCUCUGGCACGUGGGAGCAGCAGAAUGGCUGCAGAGUCUGGGGAUGAAAUCAGGGAAUGGCACAUUCUGGCUCUUGGGGAGUGUUCUGCUUGUUUGGGGUGGAAGCAGUAGGAGCUGAGCCCAGAGUGGUGGAUCUGGACGAGCCCUCCCCGCUCCUCUCACGCCAGGCUGGCCAGAGCAGCUGCUGCAGCUCCAUCCCCUGUCAGGAUGGCAGGAGGGAACAGGGAGGGCUCUUCUGAGGAGCUCCUGGGAGUGCUGAGACAGCCCCACCUGUGUCCUCCCAUGCCCUGGGGACAGGGAUCCAGACCCUGCCUCAGCAGCUGGGAUCCCUGUCCACGCACAGGGCUGGGGAGCCCCUGCCAUGAAUCCUGGAGCUCGGUCCUGCUGCUCCUGCAGGGAUCCUGGGCGAGCAGGGGUGUGGGAAGGGCGGAGAGCUGGGAUGGAUGAGCAGCUCCUGGACCUCAGCUGUGGCACUGGCUCCUGGCUUUGCUCCCAGGUGCUGUGCUGUUCCUCCGGAAAGGCCAAAUCCAGAGGGUGUCCCAGCCCUCUGGGAUGCUUGGGAUUGGGAGGGGUUUCACUCUACCCAGCGGGGAGGAGUCAGACUUUCAUGGAGCGUGG